CCAAUAGAGUCCACGAGGUCCUAAUAUACAUAUUAUGUUAUGGUAAUUCAAUCCAUGGAUUUGUCUCACUGAAGAGAAAACAUCAGAACGAUGUGUGAGGAUUUGAGUGGUUUUCUACCGAUUCUGCUUGUCAAGCUGGUCAGAUGACAAACUCGGUGCCAUCCAUGGCCGAGAAUAACUGCCUGCAGUGACAGUGAGUCCGGGUUUUGGUCGUGAAUUAGGAAUUAGUCCACUUUCGUUCCAUGAAAGAUUAUUCACGAUGUUUGUGUCAGAGAUCUCUUGCUUAUUGCAAUGUCUGAUAUACCUUCUGUACGGGCUCGUGUGGACGAAGCAUCCCUCGGAAGAUCAUCUCAAGCCCUCCACGGACUCUAAGAUCGUCUGCAAGAUGCAAUAGUACGCUGAGGAGCUCGCUCACAUUCAGCACCGUUGGACGAUAGACAGCUUCAGACAGUGACAACCGUGACUGACUGACAUCCACAAAGAGAGAAUGAGCUGAAUGUGAUGACAGGAAGGGAGCCAGUACAUGGAAUCAUUGUGGACUCGACACCACGUGCCAGCUGAGAAGGGAAUUUGAAGGCAUGGUGCACACAAGUGGAACGGUUUGAGCUGAAACCUGAUACACCUCAUCACCGAAGUAUCUCAUAUCAUGGCUUCUUGUACAUAGCAGAUUAGUCAGGGCACCGUCGAGAAAGUUUUGGGCAUGGUACUGUCUGCCUGAAAGUUUUAUUGCGGUCCCCGCACACACUAGUAGAUUCUGGCUGAAAUGAACGUCAAGAAUGAAUUUGUUGUGGAAGGAUAAGGUACUUUGGCAACCGGAUGAGCUGCGAUACAGAUUGUUUACAGAAGUGGUUGCCUUGCCUUUACAGGCCACCCAGCCAGGGCUUUGGAGUUGUGGCGGAGAUGCUAGUACAAAAACUUUACGUAGUUUUGACUUUGGACCAAGAUUUUGGAAUGUGCUAUAUAUUUCACCGAGGCAAAGAAGUGAAUAAAGCACGAGAAUUUUCAAACCGU